AUGGCGUUGGGUGUCACUUCCGAUCAGGGACCCAGCAGAAGCGCCCCGACAGACCUAGGAACGGUCAUCGUCGCGCCCUUCCAGGCGGCGGCCAAGGCCGCGCUCACGACGCACGAAUUGUUUCUUUUGGACCAUUACAUCCAACGAUUCUCACGCAUCUAUCCGACAUGCAGCGGCCCGAUGAAUCCUUUUCUCUCGAUCCUGCUUCCUCUCGCUGUCGAAAACCAGACCGUGAUGAACGCGGUGCUGGCGCUGAGUGGCGCCCAGCUGGGGGCCCAUCGCGACCAGGAGAUUAUCAAGGCAACGCUGUGUGCACGCCAUCGGGCACUGGAAGGCUGUCGGAACAUCCUGAUCUACUCCGAAUCUCUCAUGGAUUCCAAUCAAUCAAGGCCUACGGGACGCUCGAUGGCAGGCACGGGCAACCACGGCAAUAUCCUCUACACCCUUGCAUCAUGCAUCUGCCUUCUCCUAUAUGAAAAGCUGAUGGGUGACGGAAAGGCCAACUGGAUGCCGCACCUCUCUUUUUUGGCCGGACUGUUUGAUCGAUUGGAAACACCGCACAACCAAGAGGUUUUUCAAUCGAUCCUGCGUGGCCAUCAGCAGCGGCUCGCCUUUGGCUUUAUCCACAACUUGUUCUUAUAUAAUGAUCUCGUGCAGUCUACUGCGCAAGGUACUUCCACGCUAUCUAAUUUCUACCUUCGGCCCCAGGGAAUGUCUUCGGUCAGACAACCCGGGUCUGGCAAGAGUCUGUUCAACGGGAUUCUGGACACUUCCCUUGUCCCGGGAGAUUUGUCCUCGCGAGAUCGCUUCUACUACCCAUACCUCAUCGCCCAGAUCAGUGCUGGAACUGAGACGGUCUCAGAUGCGAGCAUUGGUCUUUGGGACAGCCGGCUGGAUUGGCUUCCAAGCUUCUCCGUCUUGACCGUGCCGCGUUCCCCUGGAUCAGAAAUUACAAGAUCCGUCGACACUGACCAAUCCUCCCAAGUUAAUGAGCCAGAUCACAUAUUCCUCAUGUCUGCCAUCUAUAGUUACACCGCAAAGCUCUACCUGAGGCAAACUCGAUGCCGGCGACAAGGGCAGAAUGCAAUGUCUCAGUGUGGAUUGGAGAUCGCAGAUCUAGCCUGCCAUGCUACUUUCCUCAUUUCGCAGGUACCCGAUGGCUCCAGCUUUGAAAAUGCACUUCUCUGGCCAAUUGGUAUCAUCGGACCAGGACUAUCGGCUGCUAGUAGUCCUUCCCGACAGUACCUGCUCACCCGUCUACGAUCCUUGGAACAGAGGUUUCAAAUGAAACAUUUUGAACGAUUACAGGAAGUUCUGGUUGCCGGAUGGAAUCGUUUGGACCGCAUGGACUCGGAGGAACUGGUAGAAAAUGAUGUGUUUCUGUUUGGGUAG